CUUUGGCCAACAACACUCAUGAUCUAGAUGCAAUCACGAACAAUAAAAAAAGCGUUCCGCAGAAUGAAAAGAAAAAAUGCAGAAUUUGUAGCGGAAGUAAGGUAGUUCUUUGAGGUACAUAAAAUCGAAAAAUAAUGGAGUAGAAAGUGCUUUUGACCGAUCGACCAAGCAGGUUGCCAUUGGCAACGCUGGAUUUAAGGCUAUGAGCUUUCGAUUGGUGCAGAGCUUUCUCCUAUAUGGACUGCGUCGCAUUAAAAGCUUCGUGUUCGUCCUUUUCUUGUCUCGUUGUUUCCGUUCUUUUAUUUAGUUUAUAUAUCUAUAAGUCUGAUACAAGAGUUAUCUUAAAAUGUGAAGCCUUACCGGCUCGAUUUAUGAUCCGACAUCGUGGACAGCGGUAGUUACGAUAAAUUUCCACGUUGACGACCAACGAUUCGUCGCGACACGCUGAAACGAACGAUGAAUAAUCGCGGGACACGUUCGAUAUAAACAAGAACGUUAUAAAAGUAAUUUAUGAGGAGAUAAGCGAUACAGGACGAGCCGGGGCGUUUUAAAACACACGGGGUGCGAUUCCGUCAUCAUGGCGGUGACCGUUCGAACAGAGAGAUCGAGGCCAUUUCUGGGCGGCUGGAGGAGCAAAGUUACCGGGAAACUCUAUUACAACGUGUACACGCAGACCGACAAAAACGAAAGGACCGCGGAGAAAAGAGCGCAGACGGAGUUUACAGUCGACAAAUUUACGGACAUGCAACGCGACGUGGGGUUGCAGGUGAAUUUCUUUCCCGAUGUUCGGGACAGGCUCUUAGAAGCCAGCAGUCAUUCACGGCAAUCCCCUGGAUCUCGCCAGGAUCCCGUCGACGAGAGGAUCCUGAACAGCGUCGUAAAGAUACAGAGGUUUUACAGGUUACGGCGUGGGCAAACCGCGCCACUUCCGGUACGCGUCGGGAACACGGAGGAGCAUCAAGUAGAGGAGUGGUACGAUAGCCAGGAUUUCGUGAUACUAAACCGCACGUGGCCGAGAACGAGGACGGACUUCGAGUUGCUGUACAAUCUCGUGGACCGUUGGCGAAUCCAUGAAACAGAGAGGGCGAGCUCGCAGCUGUUCGAGCCGGCCAGGAUCGCGUUUUCCGGUCUAAUCCUGUCGAAGGAGGUGGAACUAUUGCGAGCGAUCGACGCGAUGAAAACGACGGCGAAACGAAGUAGGAAGGAGAGGACGUGCAGGAAGUUCCUGGACGAGUUGUCGAAGCCUGUUCUAUGGAAGAACAACCGUGACGAACCGAUCUUGGUGGAUACCCUUCGGGUGCAGCGAGCUCGUUGGUUCAGGGACGCGUUCGACGAGUUGUCCAGGGAGGACGUAUCGAUCGGGGAUCGCAUAAAGACGUUGUCACGUCUCAGGAACGAGGUUGAGCCCCACACUUGCAGGACGUCCGACGAGUUGAUACGUUUGCUGGACCAGGAGAUCGGUCUUCUCACUCGUAAUAUUCGCCGGAGUAAAUUAAACUGGCUGAGAGAGCGAUCGAAGAUGGCCUUCCUGGAAUUAGCUAGGAACUCCCUCAUGAACGACUUCGAAGACUUCCGACACUCUACAUUUGCUCGUAAAAUCGUUUGCAGGAGCUGCAACAGAUUACUGCCGGAGGAAAAAUUUGUACGACGUUCUUGUUGUAAUUAUUGCUUGUACAUGAGGAUCUCUAAGGGUCCUCGGGUUGUAUAUGGACAGUACGAGAUGUUGCUUCGAGAUGUUAGACGCAGGGAAACUAAGAUGAGAUGUUACAGUAGUUUGGCGUUCGUGGUUGAUGAGAAACUUGUCUAUCAUUUGGUGAACGACAUUUGGCACGGGAAGUCCGCGAUCUCGGAGGAUGAUCGUUUGGAUCAGUUGAGAUUGGUGAGAUUUCGGAAGGAGGAGGAAUGGGCACCGUGGAAUUGUCUACCAUUGACCGUAAAGGAAGCCUCGCUGCAUUGGAAGGUCGACGAUUUGCAGAAGUUUUACGGCGCGAUGAUGCUGCAGAAGUUUCACACGAAGAAUCUGCAGGCGAAAAUUCGAUUUCGGUCUAUGUUCGAGUUUAGGUAUAGAUAGAAUAGUAUGCGUUCAAACCUUGCGCAAUAAUCGCCCAGAAAAAGUUAAUGAAUCGCAGAGUACUAAUCGAAAAAGCAAAGCAAAUCGAAAUGGCGGAAUAAGUUUUCAAAGGAUCGUACGUAGAAGAGGGUCGAGAUUAAUCCGACUGUUCCUCGAGUUCUCAUCAAUGUUUGCAUGCAAGAUUGUCAAAGGAAUAAUUGAUAGAUUAACAUACGUACCUGUCAGAAGAGUGUACUGGAUACGGUUUCCAAUUAACGGGAAAAGUGGUUCUCUUUGAGGGGUUGAGUCUCAGCAUGUAACGAGAAAAGUGGUAUUCUGUGAAUAGAGAAGUACUAUUUUUAACAAGCUGUGUAUGGUUCU